GCGCGGUCACACAAGCGUCGGGGCUCUCGGGUUGCGCGAAAACAGGAAAGAAAUACGCGGUCUGGGUUAAGGAGCAGAGGCGAAGUCCCUAAUUCAGUCGCUAAAGAAAGAAGCAACAGCGUUAGACGCUAGAUCCUCCUCGUUUUUCAAUUCUCGAAGUCAAAUGAAAGAGAUAAAAUUUUCUGAUCAUCUCUGCGCAUCACUUCUAUUUUGAAUCCUUUAUUGGUUCUCUGUUAUUCACAUCACACCCGGGAUUCCCUUUGAGAAGCAGAAAUGACAUAUAACUUGUCUAUAAUUACAGUUAUCCUCAUAGCUGUAAUAGUAAGCAAAAAAUAAAUAACUCAGUUUUCAGCAUCAAGUCAGUGUGAUGGGACCAAGCAAACCAUCUUUGUCUGGUGCUCCAUUUGCAUCCACUACCCAGCUAUACAGGAAUGAAGGAAAGACUUUACAAACUCAGCUCCAGUUUAACAGAAAUGUUCCUGCAGUUCCAGAGAACUUGGCUCUCAGAUUCUCUAACCCCUGUCCAAUUAUAAUAGAAAAACUGAAGUCAUCCAAGGAUCAGAGAAAUCUAUCUGGAAGUGACAACUCCAGCAUCAAAAGCUCUGGCAAGUUUUCAAUAAUAUCUGAAGAGAGACUAAAACUGGCCAUUCAGCUAGCCAAAAGGGACAUAAAACGAAAACAUCUUGAAGAGCAAGUGAAACAGAAAGUAUUAGGAGAUGCUGUCAAUAAAUCAUUGUUGACUCAGAAGUCACAGCAGCAGAAGAAUAAAGUGUUUGAAAGUCCAGAAAAGAAAAGUGUGCUGAAGUCUCAAACUGAGUUGAAAUAUCAAGGGAAACUUGGUCAGUCUUCCAGUGUGGAGACUACUGCUUCUGGUGCAAAAGUUUAUCUCUACACACCAAGUGAGGGAAAGCUAACACCAGCUGUUCUGGGCUCUUUACCUGCUCAUAACAUGAGACCAGACCCCAAGCCAAAUGUUAACAAAAAAGAAGAUAAAAGUAGGCAGGAAAUCCAACGGCUACAAAAGGAAUUGAGAAGUUGUAUCCAGAAAAUAGAAGAACUGAUUAAAAAAGAGAGAGAUGAAGAAAUUUUAAAUCGUGAUGAAGAGCAACAGGUUUGCACUCGAAGACAGAAACAAGCUUCACGGUCAGCUCGGAUGCUGUAUGUACUCCAGCAACAGGUAAAAGAAAUUCAGGAUGAUUUAGAGAAACUGAGUCCUCAUGAAAUCAAACACACUAAAAAGUCUCAAGCAGUAUCCAGAUUGGCAGCAGCACACAGAGGAGCUAUACGAGCCUUGCAGGCAUUUGCCAAUCAGUUUACUGAUCAAACAGAGCAACUUAUUCCUACCCACUACAAGGAACUGGGCAGUCUCAUUCGACAGCUGUCUCUUUGUUCUGCCAAACUAGAAGUGGAUUCUUCAGUUUCUGACAUUAUCAUAGAUAUUUUGCUGCAAAUUGAGGAUCUGGAUUCAUUGCUGGAAAAGAAACAAGCAGCCAGAAAAUCAAAGAAAUGUCUUACAGCAUCUCAGCACAAAUCUCCAGUGAACACUGAGACAUCUCCAGACAGAAAGCAACUGACAUCUCCAAAAGGAGAAAAAAAGUCUCUCAUCUUAAAGGAAAAACAUGGACAAGAACCUAGAAAAUUUCCAGCUUCCAGAGAUAAACAUCAACGUGUUACAAAUAUUUCAGCAGUUCAGAAGAUGAACAGUCAUGCUCAUAUAUUGCACAAUAAAUUCCAAGAAGAAAAUGAUCUACCUACUCCAGAGAGAAAUGCCGUUUUAAAAGGAAGUAUAGAUUCACGGUUGAGAUCUAGAGCUGUAAAAAAGGAUCUCAUCCUUGAAAGUGGCCCUUUGAAAAAGAAAGACGUGAUAUUACCUGCAAAAUCACAGGGAAUGCUUAAACCUCUAAAACCAAGGCAGGUACAGCCUCAGGGAAAGCAUGCCCAAUUUCAAGAGACAACUAUAGCUUUUCAGCUAAAAGAGAAUAAACGACUUGUUAAGGAGAGCAGAAUACCCUGGGUGCCUCCAAACCCUACAUCUCCACCUGCUUCACCGAAACGUGCUCACAGGAUAUCCAGGACUGCAAGUUCCAAGAAGCUCAUUCAUAAGCAUUCAGCUUUGCAGAAAGGGAAUACAGAAGAAAGAAGAGUAGGGUUCAUGGAAAAAGAAGCUCUCAGACUAGCAUGGCUUGAAGCAGGAACUUCAAGAAGAAUGAAGGUUCUAACUGACCUCAGCAAAGGAGAAAUGGAAAAAAUAAAAAAGUUAAGGUCACAAGGUGCUUCUCCAACCCAGUACGUAGACAAAGUUGAGAAAGCAGUACAGAAACGCAUAGAACCUCUGUUGGAUAGGGCACAGGUUGCAGCAAAUGCAGAUAUCCUGAGUGAGAAGGUAUUGGAUGAUCUUUUAGAAGAUACUGCUCAAGAACUCUGGAAUACGGAGCAGCAGAAGAAACUCCAGGCUGAGGAGUUCAUGGCUGACAGUCCUAGUCUAGAGACAAUGUUGCAAAGAAUGGAAGAAAUUGAAAGAUACCAGGCGGCUGUAUGCAGGAGAUUCACCCAGAUUGUGUAUAGUGAUUCAAAGUUCUGGGCCCAGGAAAUGGAUCAACAAAGUGCAUUAACAGCUAAAAUACCCACAUCUCCUCAUCCAAUUCACAUAACCAAAUUAACCCAGCACGUAGAGCCAGAAACAGACAUUUUAAUUGAAAAACUUUUUGAUGACAAUGACACUGAUGAAAACGAAGAAGCAAAGGAGAAAUUGCCGACUGGAAAUGAUAUUCUGGAUCCCUUGACUCAGAAUUCUCUACAGAAGGAGUGCUAUAUUUCUCUCCCUGUUACAAAGGAUAUGCUCCAGAGCAUCAAGGAUUAUAACAGCAGAUAUGAACAUCACCUAAAGCUCAUUUUUCAUGAGGCAGUAGGUGGUUUCAAUCCAUGGCAGAUUGCUGAGAGUCUUGCAGAAGAACUAACAGAAGAAGCCCUAUGUGAUGUGGCAGCAGAGCUGCAGGAUGUUUGUGAGGAUUAUGCAGAAGCUGUGUUCACGUCAGAAUUUUUGCAGCCAGCACAGUAAGUGCUUUCAAGUCUGCCCCAUUAUCAAAUGCAACAUCUGCCACAGUCUGUCUUACCAAAUGAUCUAAUUUUCUAUGUGUUUUUUGGUUGGUUGGUUGGUUGGUUUUUGACUGUGAGAUUCUGUUCGCCAAAUGAAUUAAGUCCAACAAGGAUUCAUGUCAGGUUCCUAUAAAACCACAGUCAUAAUGUUUUCCUUUUCAGACUCAUGCUGGGUUUAUCAGGACUGGUGUUUGUAUUUUUUUUUUGGCUAGUGUUUCAACAGAAUGAAGUAAACUGUUACAGGUGAAGCUUAUAUAUUUUGAUAGGUAUACUGAUCCAUUUGUAUACCUGUGAUUACUUCAUCCAUUUUUAUGUGUGAUCUGCUGAUGAGAAUAAAAUACUAUGAGGAGGCACUGAGUUCAAUCUGUGACACGGACUUAGCUGCACUGCGCCUCAGUUUUCUUUCAAUGGACAGAAUCUGACUUACCUAACCUCUCAAAGGAGUUAUGGGUUUUAGUUUAUUCUUGUCAGUAAAAUGUAUUGGAUAUAUCUGAUAGUUGUGUUGGAAAAAAUAUUCAUAAUUGAGCCCAGAUGGAAAAGUCAAGAGUAAAAGCUGUUGGGUUUGCUCUUUAGGACUUUUGGUAUCCUAUAAUAAAGAUGUUGUCUGACUACCAGUGAGUAUAUGUAGUAGGAUUAGUUCUUUUGGGGAUGUGGCAAUCUAAAGGAAGGAUUUUCUUCACACAGCAUUAAGUAGAUGUAAACUCUUUUCGGUGGCUGUGCACAGCCUGCUUGGGCUCUUGCAAUGAACUUCUGAAUUAAGUUCCGAAACUUCUCCUGGUUGUUUCAGUGUAUUGCUAAUACAUUAUACACUGGCAGAUCAAACCUUUCAAGAGAAGCACAUGAUGGAGAUUUUCUUUUUUUUUUUUUUUUUCUUAUAUUAGCCUAAAGUAUUAUCUAAAUCCAGCAUUUAGUGAUCCAGCCCCAUGGCCCUUAGUUUUCACUGUCUCAUUGAAAUCAAGAACAAAAUAAAUGAACCAUUGUCAUUUAUGCAAUAUUAAAUUAAUUUUUUAGUUUCAGAUAAUCAGUGUACUAGUUUGGGUUAUGUCUGGAGUUAGCGAUGAGUAAGAUUUAUAGUACUAUUUUGGGGAAAUAAGAGUUCAAUCCUGGAGCAAAAACCAACAUGUCAGUCUGUUUGCUUUGACAAAUUUAUUUUCUGAAAUAGUGUUCAACCUCUUAGAGAACAAUUUUAACCUUCUAAGAUUAUUUUUAUUUCCUCUCACUUGAGCAUAUAUUUUUAAAAUAACUAAUUUUGAGGCCUGUUUUACUGUUUUUGUUCACUUGAAAUUUACAUCAAAUGUAAUGAUGUAAAUGUUAUUGCUGAUGUGUCACUUUGCUGAUGUGUGAUUAAUUUAAAACACUACCUUUUUAUUUCUAAGAUUAUAGAGAGAAGCCUAUUUUUAAAACCAAAAUAGUAAAGAUGUAGUAUCUGUCUGUAUCUGCAUGUAUGCUUGUGAAAAUAUUGUCAAGUUAUUUUACUUUUUAAUAAACAACACUUGUUUCAU